CUUAUUUUUUUUGCACAAGAAGAACGUCGUCCAUUCUACAAACCGUAUUCAUCCAUAACCUGCUCUCUUUCAGCGGUGAAAUACGGAUAACGUGUAGCUAGUUGCCGGAGAAUAAUACGUUCGAAAACAUAGCUGAGAACAUCAAGCUGGUCAACUUUAUAAAGUAGGCUGUUUUGGGACGCUCACGACCGACUGGAAACCAAGUAAACGAAAACGGUACAGAACGUGAGCCACAUGAGUUCUGACGCUAAGCCCGAGCCUAAAAAAGCCAAAAUGGAGAAUGAAAGCAAGUAUCUCCCUGAGCUUCUGGCAGAAAAAGACAGUCUGGAUUCUUCAUUCACACAUGCAAUGAAACUUAUAUCUACAGAGAUAGAAAGGAUUCAGAAAGGAGAGACAAAGAAAGAGACAGAAAGAGAAACUUACCUGGACCUGUUUACCACAAAGAACAUCAAGGUCAAGGAACGUGUACUCAUUCCAGUCAAACAGUACCCAAGGUUCAACUUUGUUGGUAAGAUUUUGGGACCCCAGGGGAACACAAUCAAGCGCCUCCAGGAGGAAACUGGAGCAAAGAUCUCAGUAUUGGGCAAAGGUUCCAUGAGGGACAAGGUGAAGGAGGAAGAGCUGAGAAAGGGUGGUGAGCCCAAAUAUGCUCAUCUGGGCAUGGAACUGCAUGUCUUCAUAGAGGUGUUUGCUCCUAUACCGGAGGCAUACCUGCGCAUGGCUCACGCCAUGGAUGAGGUCAAGAAGUUCCUCAUCCCUCAGGACACCAUGGAUGGUAUAUGCCAGGAUCAGUUCAUGGAGAUUGGCUACCUGAAUGGCGGUCAAGAUUCACAAUCCAGGGGACGAGGGGGCCCUCCAGGCAGGGGCAGGGGAGCACCCCCACCCAAUUCAGUAGGAGCCAGGGGGCGAGGAAUGCUACCUCGUGGAGGAGCCCCUCGUGGAGGCACCCAACGUGGUGGAGCUUCCCGAGGAGGACCUCCCAGGGGUGGGUCUGCUAGAGGGGCUCCAGCUGGCCGGGGUGGACCCCCCUCUACACCUGCUAGAGGAGGCACUACACCCCGUUCCAGACCACCCACCCCAGGGACACCAAGGAUGCUCCCGUCCCCAGCCCACUCCCACCAGCAGCACCAGCACCAACAUGCCCCACCACCCAAGGCUGAGGCCUACAAUGAAUAUCCUGCCUAUGAAGAAAGCUACGCUGAGCCUGCAUAUGAAGGUUAUGACAACUAUUACAGUCAACAACCUCCACAAGCGGACACAGAGUACUAUGACUACGGACAUGGAGAGGCUCAGGAGGCUUAUGAGCCCUAUGCCCAAGAUGAUUGGGAGGGUUCCUGGUCCUCCACUGGAGGCAAAGCCCCUCCAGCGAGGCAGGAUAAGAGGGGGGCCUACAGAGAGCAUCCAUACGGAAGAUACUGAACAGUCUCCGGUAGAGGGUUGCCAUGGCAACUGUCUCCCAUUGUAACUCACUUAACUCUCCAAAGUAAUUUCCCUAAAUGUUUUUCUUUUAAAUUUUCUGUAGUUUUUUGUUUUUUAAUGAUUUGAGAGCAGGACAACUGGAUGUAUCGUAUCGAGUGGGCGUAGCAAGCGAAUGCAAGGAUUUGGAUAAUACGUUAUCAUUCAAUGUUUCCACUGCAUCAUUGACAGUUUUAAGAUCUAAUUUAAUGGUUACUUAGAGAAAUGUGAUACCUUGUAUAGUGUUAAAUGUUAUUUUGAAGGUUUGUUUCAGUUUGUCUUGAAAUGAUUUGUGGCAGUUGCAGUCUCAUUUAGGCUGCAUUUCUAAAGUAUUUUUUAGCUAAAACUUGAUUAAUGACGUCAAUGUAACAUCGGCAACUAGAUUAAGAAUAUAUGGAAGAACCAAAAUAAUUUUCUAGACAAAUCAUUUUUGCAGAAACUAACAUUCCCUAUAGAGGCAUAGAUUUCAAUGUUUUUUCUUUUCUUAGGGUUUUGAAAUCUAGCCUUAUUAGACACUGAGACAGUCUGUCCUAAAAUAUCUCCUUUAAGUAUUUUCAAUUCGACUUGGUUGUAAGUACAUUCUACUUUAGAUAACUUUUGCUUGGCUUACUUUGGUCUACAUCUUAUUGGUCUGACUUUGAUAGAAAUACUGAUAAAUUACUCACUUUGUUUGAGUGGUUCUACAAGAAUUUGGACAUGGUCCUCACAUGGUCUUCAUGUAAGGGAAAACUGCAGCCAUCUCAAUAUUAUAUGCAUACACUUAAGAAAGUUUUGUAUAUUGCUUUCUAAAGUUGUGCCGUCUCCAAAAUGCAUAGUGCUACGUACGUGUGUACUCUUGCCUAAAUAGGAUACUAAAUAUAUCCAAAAAAUGUUUUUCUGCAGUGCGUUGUAUCAAUAAAGCCUUUUUUUUUUUUUUUUUUUU